GUGGGUUCGAUGACCAGGGUAAAAAGAACUGAUUAUUAUGACAUUGUUUAUGAAGACUGUAUUAAACAAGUAGCUCUCUGUAUUAUUAGGUGCCAAAAAAGGGUUGGUGACCCCUGGUCUAAAUUGACCCCAGGUGUGAAUGAGGCCCUGUGAUGGAACAGUCUUGUGUUUGCAGCCCAGUGACCACAGUACAGGUCCACAGUUAGAGGAGCAGGGACCAGUUCCCCCCCAGUCAGCACCACAGGGAGGUCUGACUUCUCUGGCUCCUCUUUAUGGAGAACAGAUAAGGAAAGCAGCCGCAUUCUCUGCGGCUCCAAACCCUGGUGUGACAUGAUUAAUUAGCCCUGGAGUAAAGCUCUUCUUACACGGCCGCAAAGCUGCUGCUGCUGCUGCUGUUGUUUCCACCUUAGCCCGUUAAUCCUCCAGCCUGUCCCGUAUAUAGACACUGUAAGACCCCGGGGCUGCUCCACACACCGGCCCAGGUCCCACAUCAGCACCGGCGCCGGUCCUGCCGCUGCUGUUUCACGGUCCUGUUUAUUAUUACAUGUCAGUUUGCCGAUCAAAGGCGUGUCCAUGUGUGAGUCAUGCUUAUAGGCAGACGCGCUGCCGCGAUUAGCGUCAUCUCUCCGCUGCUCGGCGCUCUGUACACCGGCGCACCCACCGGCACCAGACUUCUCUCCACCAUGGACGAACACACUCCUGAGAAGGUGGUCUUCAACAAGCCGAAGGUUGAGCUGCAUGUUCAUCUUGAUGGAGCGAUCAGGGUUCAAACCAUUCUGGACGUUGCAAAGAGACGCCAAAUCUCUCUCCCAGGAAACGCCAAGGAGCAGAUGACGUCAAGAAUUAUUCUCACAGAGCCUUCCACCCUCACCGGCUUCCUGCACAAGUUUACUGAAUAUAUGCACGUGGUGGCUGGCGACAGAGAGGCCAUAAAGAGGAUCGCCUACGAGUUCGUGGAGGACAAGGCAAAGGAAGGAGUGAUUUAUGUCGAGGUUAGAUACAGCCCACAUUUUCUGGCAAACACCAAAGUGGAACCUAUACCGUGGAACCAGAAAGAAGGAGACCUGAGUCCAGAUGAGGUGGUGGAUUUGGUCAACCAGGGCCUGAGCCAGGGGGAGAGGGCCUUCAAUAUCAAAGCCAGGUCCAUUCUAUGCUGCAUGCGCCACAUGCCAAGCUGGUCCAUGGACAUCGUUGAGCUGUGUAAGAAAUACCGUCAGCAGGGAGUGGUGGGCAUAGAUCUGGCAGGUGAUGAGUCGCUCAACUGUGACGGCAACCCAGAUCACAGGAAGGCCUACGAGGAAGCCGCACGCUGUGGGAUUCACAGGACAGUACACGCAGGCGAGGUCGGUCCGCCCUCCGUGGUGAGGGAGGCUGUGGAAGUGCUGAAAGCUGAACGUGUUGGACAUGGUUACAGGACUCUGGAGGACAGGGAUCUGUACAAGAAACUGCUCGCUCAAAACAUGCACUUUGAGAUAUGUCCCAUUUCCAGUAGACUGACAGGAGCCUGUGACCCAGACUUCACGAAGCAUCCAGUCAUCACGUUCAGAAAAGACAAGGCUAACUACUCCCUAAACACAGACGACCCUCUGAUCUUCAACUCCUCCCUGCACCUGGACUACAGCACCGCACAGAAGUACAUGGGCUUCACGGAGGAGGAAUUCAAACGACUGAACAUCAAGUCUGCUGAGUCCUGCUUCCUACCUGAGAAUGAGAAGAAGGAGCUCCUCCAUAAACUGUACGAUGCCUAUGGGAUGAUACAGAGCACCGCCUUUUAAACCCGUGAAGACGUUCCGAAGAGAAAACGCCAACAGAACCAGGGACGACUCACUCUGACUCCAGGGAACGUGUUUUUUACUCUUUGGUAACCAGCAUAAAAAGUAACUACUCCAAAAUGGUGUCUAUCAAAGUUACCAGCUUUACCUCACAUAUCAGUACACCAUCAACAUAAGGGCUUUUAUCUGUCUGGGUUUUUUUUAUCUAAGUACUAACAAAGCUUAGGUUCAUAUGGGACUCUUCUGCCAUGAUUUUCUGCAUGGAGUUAAAAAAUACUUUAAAAGCAAAUGUUUCAUAUCAGAACUCCUAGUCCCGUGUACGUCAUGUUUAAUGUUUACAUUCUAAUUCUCUGAAGAGAAUCAGGGAACCUUCCGGACUCAUUCAACUCUGUCACAGCUUAUACAUGGUACGCUACAAACAUUACUGAAAAAGUGAUGUGAAAACAUGUGAAAAUUGUAGCAGUGCGGGCUUUGAACUUAUCACCACCUGGAAGGAUAUUAUUUUACUUUGAAUUCUCAACUGUUUAGUGAAAUCUGAAUACGAAGGGAAUUGACUUUCCCUUAAGUAAAACACAAGUGCCAUUUCACAUCAGGUACCGACAGCUCAAAACCAAAAGAAUGUAGUCUUUCAUUCGUACACUAGGUGGCACACUAACGCCACUGAGCUAGGCUGACCACUUCGUGUGGUUCUAAAGUUGAGAUUUGCUCUACGUUCACUUCAUGUAUAUAUUUAUUUAAAAAAAUAUAUGUUUCAUGUCUCUCAAAGGAACAAACAAACAAACACUUUAUAGCGGAUACUUUCACACUGACACGAAAUUCAAUAAAAGUUAUAACCAAACGUUUCUUCAUGUCUGGACUGUUUUUCCAUAGUGUACGUUUUUACUGUAAAACUAUAAACAUGUACAGUGACGUCAAGCAAAUACCGUCAACCAUUUUCUACAAUACUCACAUGAAAGGACGGGGACGAAAAGUUAAAGUAACAUGAACGAAAUGAACGGUAACAACCCCGGCGGUUAUCAGACAAAGAUGGGCUACUCCUACGAAGAGUCUUUAAUAAACACACAACUACUCUGCUUGUUUUAGGAAUACUAUUAAAAAGUAAAACAGUUUUCGCUAACUGUUUGCUUUCCUGUUCACCACCUUGGCUUCGUUUCUGCCCAAUGUUUUGUCAUCUUUUUAUCUACUUCUGCCUCACCUCCACAAACAGCCGUCCGUUUCCUCCACUCCUUGGAUCAAUACACUCUGCCUUAUGUUGAAGUAGCUGUCUAUGCAUUUGGAUUCACAGGAACUCUCAGCAGACUGCAGCAGCCUGUCAGUCAGUCAGUCAGUCAGUCAGAAAUACAGAACACAGCAGAGCUGGAAUGGUGGCAGAAAUCAGGAUUGACAGCUGUCAUGUCUGAUGUGAUAAAAUCAUGUCACCCAGGAGCCAUAACUCAACAGAAGGUGACCAACAUUUUUCUGGAUCAGAGGACAGUCUGAAAAAAAAAGGAAACCCAGCCCCAGUGUGGGCAUCACUGUGAAUUGGUGUGUGGUUAUAUUUUUUUAAAUCUGUACAAACCACACUGAGUUGCUGCCACCUAGUGACCGGAGGCUUGUUGUCAUUUAAGCAGAACAGCAGUGGUACACUUAUGCCCCCCCCAAUUUGAGAAGUACUGGGUAGAUAUAAAUAGAAUAAUAAAAGGUUCUGCAGAUAAGGUGCAGUCUGUGUGUAUAAACAGAACAUGAACUGUGGAGCAGUGAGGAGUGAGGAGUGUGAUGUGGGUGCAGAUGUAAACACCAGCUUCCUCUGGACAUCCUAAUGUUCACCUACUCUGUUCCAGUCAAACAUGCAGCUCUGGAACAACUCAGUGUUGGUAACACAGCCAGACUCGUAAAUCUGAGUUUGGCUGGGACUCAAUGUCUUCGCACCUAAAAUUAAAAACAACAAUAAUCUGUGGAUAAUUCAUAAGUAUUUUAUUACACAAAGAAAAUUGCUAUCACAAAGUUAUCACUCAACAUUUAGCAAUAAAUAUGAAGUCCCUACAUGACAGUAUAAUGUCAUCUAUGUUACUGAAAAGGACAAAGAAACUGAACAACAGGGUCACAAACACACACA